AUUUUGCUCAGAUAAACUUACAGGGAGUGCCCAGGAGGGAAUACCAAGGUGAGGGCUGGCAGAAUGCCAUUGCUGUGCCGGAGGCCGAGGCUCUGGGAAAGUAGAACAAGCAGGGAACAAAGAAGAGGACAAGUCCUGAUCAGAUCCAUAUUCACGGGCUCUUGUUAUGGGAUAACUCUUUUCUGUGCAGCCUGAGGAACCAACUGGGGGAAGAGAAAGUAUCUGUAAGAUUUCUAGGUGACCCUCAUGUUUCAUCAUUGAGAAUUCAUCAUUGGGAAUUUAGUCUCACUCUGCCCUUGCAGUGUUCCCUUUGUGUCCUGUCCUACUUUACUGUCACAGGUACAAAUGCUCUGUGCUAUCAGGAUGGACAAUCUCCUCUGUACAACCUGGGUCUCAGCCUGACAGUCCUGCAGCAACAUCCCUGGAGUUACACAGUGCUUUGUGCAUUACUGGGCCAGCAUGUAUCACCCCCAAGCCAUGCCACUUCCCUCACACCUACCAGAGGACCCCCCACCAUCUACCAGCCAGGCCCUGCUGACAGAGAUUUGUCCUGCAUCAAUACCCUGGGACCAUUCAGAGUUUGGUUAUGAAACCAAUGAUAUGGACUUGCCUUUCUUGGCCUGCCUUGCCUCACCCAGUUAUUCUGCUCUAGCCUCAGACACAUGCAGUAUGGCAGACAAGAGCACAGAUGAAGGAGCCCCUCAGUUUACAGAGUUAUUGGCCACUGUGACGACCUACAGAAGGAAUUUGGCCCAACAGGUUUCACAGGAGAAAACAAUGAGUCUAAUUACGGUUGGUGACACAAGCAUCUCGGGAGAGAGCAAAUCCCAGAGAGUUCCUCGGGAGAGCAGUCGGCAAAGGAAAACAGGUCAAGGCGUUCAUCUGUGGGAGUUUGUGCGGGACCUGCUGUUGCACCCACAAAAGGACAGAGAAGCAGUGCGCUGGGAGAACCGUAAGGAAGGAACCUUCCGGGUCAUUAGGUCUGACACCUUUGCACGGCUCUGGGGUGAACAAAAGAAGAACAAGUGUAUGAAUUAUGAGAAACUGAGCAGAGCACUAAGGCACUAUUACAAGUCCGGGAUUCUAGAAAAGGUGGGCGGCAGGCUAACGUACAAGUUCGGAAGAAAAGCCCAUGGCUGGAGCGAUGAACCUCUUCAGAAAGUCACAUAGCACAGGCCCAAGAGAGCAAUACUCAGAUGUUAUGUUUAAUAAUGGAAGGCAGGUCUAGACUAUUUUAUUAAUCAUCUGGGGAGUUCCAGUAACAAGGGAAUGUAAAAAUAUAUAUAUAAUUGUGGUGGUACAAUAAGACAACACCGUAUGUUUGUGAUGGGUCAAGUUGGGCUAAAACUAUUGGCCUUUGGAUAGAAUGAGAAGUCCAGUGUCCAGCACCCCCCGGGGUCAAAGUACCAUAAAUAAAGGUAAAAUGCCUGGUGAAGUAAUACCUUAGAAAGCAGGUCCUUGUUUUCCUUAGCAAAUAGCUUUGUGCAAAUGACUAUUUUAUAUGUUUUAUAUAGAUAUGAUGCACUGGUAUCAGAAAAUUAAACUUUGUUAAACUUC